UGACUAUCGAACUGCACCUAGAAUGAACCCAGGUACACUUUGAGUAUUGGUCUUUCAAGUAUGCGCACCUGCUAUUAUGAACUACUGGGAGUGGAUAGAAAGGCCACUGCCGAUGACUUGAAGAAGGCUUAUCGGCGGAAGGCACUAGAGUUUCAUCCGGACAAAAACAUUGAUAGAGUGGAAGAAGCAACUCGAUUAUUUGCAGAGGUACAGCAAGCCUAUGAGGUUUUGUCGGAUGAGCAGGAACGGGCUUGCGUUCAAGUUGACACUUGAAUUUUCACCAGGUAUGACAGCCACAGAGAGGCCAUUUUGCGAGGCGAUGACGAAAGCGCCGCUGCUGGCGGUAGCGCGGCAUACAUGGACAUUACAACGGUGGAGACUUUGAUGCAGUACUUCAGCGCUGCUUGCUAUAGUGGUUACGGUGAUAAUGGCAAAGGGUUUUACGCUUUGUACGGCGCUAUCUUUCGCCGUCUCGAAGAAGAGGAGGAAGAAGCUGCUAGGAUGGAUUCGGAAUCAUUGGUCGACGAUGAGGAUUCCUUGCUAGGAAGCAGGGCCGACUUUGGGACCUCCAGAGAUCCAUAUGAUGAACAACCCCGACUAUUUUACAACAAGUUCCUGCACUUUGCAAGUGUCAAAUCUUUUCGUUGGCAUGAUAAAUACCGGCUGUCGGAAGCCCCGGAUCGUCGUGUACGACGAUUAAUGGAAAAAGACAACAAACGCGCAAGAGAAGUUGCGAGAAGGGAAUUCAAUGAAGCCGUUCGUAAUCUGGCAGCAUUCGUGCGGAAACGAGAUCCGCGAUAUAAAACAUGGAAGGAUGAACAAGAGAAAAUUAGCAAAGAAAAUGCCGUGGAAGAAACUAAGCGUCGAGCGGAGGAACGAAGAAGGGAGCGCGAUCGACGAGCAGAAGAGUACGUGGUUCCAGAAUGGGCCAAGGUUGCUGAUGCGGAAAGGGAUGCGGUUGUGGAAGCCGCUGCAGAACUGGAAUUGGAGGAAUUGUUCUGCCUGGCCUGCAACAAAGCUUUCAAAAGUGAGAAGCAGUUUGAAAACCAUGAGCAAUCCAAAAAGCAUUUGCGCAAUGUGGAAAUCCUACGUGAGCACCUAUUAGAGGACGAGGAGAAUAAUGGAUGGCAUGAAGAGAUAUCAGUGGACGACAUUGAUCCCGCUAGUGGCGAAGAAGAGCUUGAAGAUGGUGGCGAGGGCACAGAGGGAACUGAUAGUGAUAAUGACUCUCAGGAUCCUAUCACGACAGAGAAAGAUGAUAGCCUUAAGCACUUGCAGGAGGAUGUUUCGGAGGAAGAGGAGGAAGGGGCAAAUGAACCAGAGAUCUCCACUCGCAAGAAGGCUGAUAAGAAGAAGCGGCGAAAGCAGGCGCAGCGAUUUGGUUGGGCUCAGUCGAACUCUGAAGAUGAAACUUUGCCAAACGAGACAGGCGAAACCCGGGAUCAGAAUAUGGAUGCGUUGGUGGCCGGUGUGGAAAACGUGAACCUGGAGGGCUCGAUUACCGAGAGCCUAUCAUUAGAUGACCAGGCAUCAGAAUCAAACUCGAGUACAGUCAAGGGUAAAAGCCGAGCGAAGGAAAAACGUGCGCAGAGGGAGGCAAAGCGGGCUGCUGCGGUGGCUCUGGAGAAGGGAGGAGGCACUACAACCUGCAAUGUCUGCGGUGAGGGGUUUCCAUCCCGGACUAAGCUUUUUGAUCAUAUCAAGCGAUCGGGUCAUGCAAAUGCUGGUGGGCCAGUAGCUCCAGCUGGAAAAGCUACAAAGAAAGGACGGCGAUAGUAAUUAAUCAUGAUGUACAUAAGACUCCCAACCCACCUUGCAAAGGGGCACUUUGAACCGCGGCAGAUAGUACCGUUGAGGUAGCUGGGAAAAGAGUGGUUGCGCUCAUUGCAUAUUGUUAUGGUCCCAUGGUAAUCUAAAAUCCGCAAUGAAGACGGCGAAUUUUCACGCUGGAAACCCAGGAGAAGGGUGAUUGCAAGCCUAUCCUCCACCUGUACCAGUCAAAUGGAAGUUGGUUCUGGUCUUUGUUGUACCAUACUUGAUUGAUCAGCGGAGCUAGAAAGGGAUGUCAUCCUGUUCAUGGAGCAACUGGUUAAAGAGCAGAAUAAACGCAUACUUCAGACAUUCCCUUAACCGGCGUUUAUUGCCAGUGCACUAGAAACAUUGGUG